CUACCACCCACAUUCAAUGACUGGAUGUGGAUAACUUUGUAUGAGCGUGCUUUUGGGGUCUCCCCAAAGGCCCCGAAGUCUUCGUGCAAGACCAAAAGAGAAGACUUUGAUCUUGCUUUAACAACAAACGAUUCAAGAUGCUAUAGAACUACAGAAUGAGAAACAUGGAGAUCGAUUACACUCAAAUUAUGUCCAAGGAGAAGCGUGAAUUCCUCGAUAUACUCAAAGAAGCUCUUACAAUUCCCCAUAAACAUAUCAACUUUAUCAUCUUCAGCCUUCUCACCUCCUUUCCUUACUUCGGUCUUUCAGUUUUCUUUGAGAUUGUCCUCCAGCAAACGUUGCUUAAAACCUUCAAGUUCUUCACACCCGUGCCUUCAGAUUCCUUUUACUAUGACUGGGAAUCAUCAGUUGCCUUGCAUGAUGAUUGGCAUAGAUCUGGGGGGAAUCUUUCUGGUGAAUGGAUUAAACUCUGUCUUCUCUACCUGGCACCAUAUCAUCUUCUAGGGCUCCUUAACAUAGUCAUGACUGUUAAUGCAGCAUCCAUGAUAUAUGCAGGAGAGAAACCAAUCAGCCUCAGAGAUAUUUUGGUACAGAAAACAAGGUUGAAAGGUCCCUUCAUUACAUCAAUAUAUGUUCUUCUAUUGUCAACUUGUAUUCUACUUGGAUUAGUUGGGGUUGUAACCAACUGCUAUAUUCUGUCAAAGGGCUUUGUAAUAGACUACUAUUAUUAUAGUUCGAAUAACAACUUUGUGGAUUCAUUGAUAACCAUAUUCCAUAUCACUAUAUUUAUAGCAUUGUUGAUGAAAUACUCAGAGUGGAGUGCUGGAUGGAACAUGGCUCUUGUGAUCUCAGUAUUGGAGGAGACGUAUGGGAUCGAAGCAUUUGAACUCGCGACUUAUUUUAGCAGGGGUAGUACCCGGCGUGGACUUCUUUUGAUGCUUGUUUUCGUUGCAUGGGAAAUUGUCUUCAGGUUGCCCUGCCUCUUUGGGAGGUGGAGUGAGAGGCUUGGAGCCAUUGUGUUCACCUCUGUAUUCACUGGCUUGAUUUGUGUAGGGAAUUUGAUGAAGUGGGUGGUUUGCGUGGUAUAUUUCUUUGAUUGCAAGAAGAGGAUUUUAGAGAAAAAAGUUGACGAGGAAGUAGGGAGUGAUGGUAAAGUUGUCAAUGUAUAAGUUCUUAUUCCAUUUUGUAAGCACUAGGAAUUAGCAGAAGAAACCAAAGGGCAGUCAUGAAAAGAAGCUAAAGUUUUAUAGAUGCCUAAAUAUUCUAAUAAAAAUUAUGAUGGCUUGUUGCAGCAUUUAAUUUAUUGGGAGAUGUUGGUAGCAUUCUAGUGGCAAAGUAGCACUUGAAUCAUUACAUACAGAUCUUACCACUUUUCCGUUCUAAUUUCUGUUAUACUAUUUCCCUUUGAAUUCAGGGCCAUUCCUACUUCCCUCUAUUGGCUCUGCUAGCUGGAGAAUACUAGUUGAUACUGUCUAUUUGAGUUAUAACAAGAGAAAUAGCCAGAAUUUGUGUUA